AUGUCUGGCGUCGACGGAGACCUCAUCUCCUCGUUGUACCCUCCUCCCCCCGUGUACUAUAAGUACUUCACACCCGAAAACAUCGAGAAGUUCCAAGAAUGGAAAACGAAGCAGGACGAGGAAACGCUCACCACCCAAGAUCAACAACCAGAAGAAGCAGAUACAACCAAAGAGCCACCAUUGCCACCAGGAGAGCUCAAACUACAGGUUCCACCAAAGGCCCCCGAGGGAACGCAUUACAGAGGGUAUGGUAACGUUUGGGCAUUUGAGGAUAAAUUACCGAGCCUCAAGAGUGCCAAUUGGGAACAACUCUACAAAGACGACGACGAGUCCAUAACAAGCGAAACCAAGAUCCAAGAAUUGCACAAGUUGAUGGAUUCGCUUUUGCUAAAUUUUCUUGAAUUGAUUGGAAUAGCUUCCAUUGACCCAAAGCAGUUCGAGCCUAAAAUGAAAGACAUAUCACUCAUACUAAUCAAUAUCAACCAUCUUUUAAACACAUAUAGACCACAUCAGUCAAGAGAGAGUAUGAUAAUGUUGUUGAGAAAACAGAUUGACGCCAAGAAGGAAGAGAUCGCCAAGAUCGACCUGGUAAGCGUGGAUGUCAAGGCUAAGAUACUAAAAUUGACAGAAAUGAUAGAU